GCUGCAGCAUCAGAAAGGGUUUAAUCUAAGAGAAGCAACAGCAGAGAGAGACCUAGUGUCAGUCCUUUUAUUUUGACUGCAAGUACGUCUGGGCAACAAGGAUACAUAUAAGGAUAUAAUAACAAAAGGAAACCAGAGCUUCUUUGACUGGAGCAGAGAGAUAAAUAAACCAUUGUAGUAUCUGCUGCAGACACCAAACACAGCCAUUAUGACCCAGGGCAAGCUUUCAGUCGCGAACAAGGCUGCUGAAGCAGGAGAGAAGCAGUAUGGCACUUCAAGUGGAGAAGCAGGAGGGCCACCAGCCCCUCCCACCUAUGAGGAGGCCACUGGCACAAGUGAGAAAGCGGGCCUCAGCGGCAGCCCCUGUUACAGUGGGACUUGUCCUGGUGACGGGGAGAUGCUAACAGAAUUCAGCUGGAGUGAUAAAAACAUCCGGCGGAUCUUUAUCCGCAAGGUUUACUCCAUCUUGAUGAUCCAACUUCUUGUCACUCUUUCUAUAGUGGCUCUCUUCACAUUCUGUGAACCAGUGAAGAACUACAUUCAGUCCAACCCUGGAUGGUACUGGGCUUCUUAUGCUGUAUUCUUUGUCACAUACAUUACACUCGUCUGCUGUCCUGGACCAAGGAGACAGUUUCCAUGGAAUCUGAUCCUGCUCGCCGUCUUUACCCUCUCUCUCUCCUAUAUGACAGGGAUGCUAUCCAGUUAUUACAACACCAAGUCAGUGGUGAUGUGUCUGGGUAUUACUGCUAUGGUCUGUCUGACCGUCACUCUCGUCAGCUUCCAAACUAAGUUUGACGUGACCUCAUGCCAAGGAGUAUUGUUUACCUUCUGCAUGGUCAUGAUGGUGUCUGGACUGGUCUUGGCCAUCGCCCUGCCCUACGGAUAUGUGCCCUGGGUGCAUGGUGUCUAUGGCGCCUUGGGAGCGUUACUGUUUACCAUGUUUUUGGCGUUUGACACACAGCUACUGAUGGGGAACAAGCGCUACACAAUAAGUCCAGAGGAAUACGUCUUUGCCACUCUCAACAUCUACCUAGAUAUUAUCUACAUCUUCUCCUUCUUCCUGUCCCUGUUCGGAACAGAGAGGACAAACUGAAUCCACAUCCAGGCCAGCAUCGCAGAUCACCAUCUACACAGGAUCUGUAUUCAUAGUCUCAAACUGCAUUUACACAUGUAGACAAAUUCAGAUCAUUUUUUCACUAAUUGCUAUUUUGACCAAUCAGAUCAGCUCUAAAAAAAUGUCUGAUGUGAAAAGAUUAGAUGUGAUUGGUCAAAAUACCAAUUAGUGGAGAAAAUAUCUGAAUUGGGCUGCAGCCUCAGAGUAGUAGUGUUGAUCUAGGAUUUGCCAUUUAGAUCAUAGUAUUAUAUACAGGGGGAUCUGAUCCUAGAUCAGCACUAUCAGCUAUAAAUGCAGGCUCUGAUCUCACCAUCAUUAUGUACUGUACACAACCCAUUGAUCCUUGAUCCACCACCUCCUCCCACAGUCUCUGCCCCUCUGGCAUUAUAUGGACCUAUAGUACUGUACCAGUAUUGAGUUUUUUAGCUUGUCUGUUAAGCUGUUGAUCUCAGCACUAAUGUACAGCAGUUUUCACCCAUAGGGUCACAGAUCUAUAGAUUUACAUUGCUCACAGUAGACAGAUGUGAAAGAAAAAAUAACACGCAAAAAUACUGAGUCUAAAAUCUAUAACUGACUGUAGGUGUUUGUGUCAUGCAGAUGUGAAGUCCUUGUGUUCUCCUAUCUUUUAACAACAACAGUCAUCUAUGACACUGCUCUAAAGGAGAUCCCCUCUUACCACUCCUGAACACAUGAAUAUCAGAAUCACCUUUAUUUCGCCAACUACAUUUAACUAUACCUGGGAUUUGAUUCAGAAAAAUGGUGGUGAAAAGGCUCCUUUCCGAUUGGCUUGAAGGGCAUUCUGGAGUGUGCAUUAUUUCCCUAUAAUGCACAGUAUAUUUGCAUGGUAGAAUUCAAUGGCUAUAUUUCAUUUUACAUGUUUUGUUUGAGCUGCUUUUUAAAGCAAAAGUCGAAAUGAAAACAGUAUUGCUAUUUUUUUAUUUGAUUUUCAUAACUAGUACUAAUGGUUUGAGCGUUCUCUGGCACUCCAGGAUGGAAUGCAGUAUGAGUCUUUGCGUGUCAAAAAAGAUACAUGUCAAAUAACACUAUUUGAUGUGUCAAAUAAUACUAUUGCAUUGGUGUUAGCUAGGUACCAAGCUAAAGCUAGCUAGCUACCCCAGAAGUUGCUAAUAACAGCUGCAUCAAAGAUAUUUGCAAACAUUUUUGAUCCUGCUCUUUUGAUCCUGAUCUAAUUUCAAAUGCUCACAGAGACGUUUUCCCAUUCGGUCGAACAAAUAAUGACUUAUUACCAACACAGUAUUGUACAGCUUUGACAGUGAUCGUAAUGGUGGUGCUUGGCUUGCACGUGCAAAUUCAGCACACACAACAUUCCAUAAUGGAAUUGUGUUAUUUGACGUAUCAAAUUAAAAGCUUAUUUGAACGUGUAUAUUUUUUGACACAUAAAGACCCAAACGGCGUUCCAUACUCCAGAGUGAAUUUACAAACGCACACUACAUCAGUGUUUUUAAAUUUACAUUUAACCUUUAUUUAACUAAGCAAGUUAGUUAAGAACAAAUUCUUAUUUACAAUGACGGCAUACCCUGGCCAAACCCAGACAACGCUGAGCCAAUUGUGCGCCGCCCAAUGGGACUCCCAAUCACGGCCAGAUGUGAUACAGCCUGGAUACUGGUACUCAAAGCUCUUUACAUAAUAGAGAGGAACCAGGGACUGUCGUGACACCUCUUACACUGAGAUCCAUUGCCUUAGACCUGUGCGCCAGUUGGGAGCCCCUCGAGUACAGAUGUAGGAUCUUAAUUUGAUCACCCUGUUGCAGGAGAACUUUCCGGCAAUGCAGAAAAUGUAAAACUUGUAGUGUGUUUGAGUUUUAAAAUGUAUUUGGGAGUUUGUCCUUUGAAAAUGGAUCAACCCCUACAAAUGUAAUGUCCAUUAAUUAUAAUCCACAUAAUAAUUCACAUUUCCUGUUUCUGCAGGAUUCUUUUCCUGCUGCAGCAAACUGGCUCAAAUUAAGAUCCUACAUCUAUAAAUGGCACCUGUGCACAGUGUGUCUGUGGUUUGUUGUUUCUCUAAUGCCUGUCCUCCGGUCUGUCAGCUCUGAGCCUACUGGUUGAAAUCUCAAACGAACAUAAGAUCCAGAGUAUGCAGGCAAUUGAAUCCAAUUCUGAAUAAAUGUGCAUGUGGGCUAAUUGCUUGGCUUUCCAUGGCCGCUUUAAAUCAAGUUGCACUUAAACUGGAGAUGCAAUCCUGUCUAUAUGAUGAGCCAUAGUCCAAUGAUGUCCAAUGAUGUCAGUAGGGGUUUCACCACUCAACCCUGGUUGGCUGCUAUGAAGUUCUAAUUUAUUUAUAGAUGGUCUAAACCAAUGACUUCAUACCCAUUCUUUGCUGAGCAUGUUUUGGGGGUCAAUCUGGACAACUUUUAAAAUGUAGGGUUGUGGUAAAUGUAUUUGCUCCAGAUGUUAUAAGUUCAUGACUGAACUUUGUGGUUGUUACUGUUUUUAUAUAGACCAAAAGAGUUGUUAUAUUUUGUAAAAUCAAAAAAUGUUAAUUAUUGUAAAAGUUAAUAGUUUUGAAUAUUGUAACUAAAAAUAGUUAAUCAUGCUUGCAACAUGCCUGAUGUGUACAUGACAAAAAUAAUAGCACAUUCUAUUCGACCUGAAAAAUAGGAAACAUACAGUACCAGUCAAAAGUUUGGACACACCUACACAUUCAAGAGUUGUUCUUUAUUUUACUCUUUUCUACACUGUAGAAUAAUU